AGUGCUGACAUGGCUGUACCCACGGUGUUCAUGCGUCUGAAGAGCAGACCGGUUUUCAUUUAUCUGUUUUUUGUCAGCUCUUUUCUCCCUUCUGCAAUCGCACUAAUCGAGGGUCUUUAUUGCGGAACUCAGGAUUGCUAUGAAGUUCUUGGCGUUCCUCGGGACGCCUCCAAAUCGGAGAUAGCACGCUCUUACCGCCAGCUCGCCAGAAAGUAUCACCCGGACAGGUUCCGAGCUGGGGACCCUGGUCUGGCUGGGGAAACGGCUGAAGGUGCUCACAGCAAGUUUCUCCUAGUAGCUACUGCAUACGAGACACUGAAGGAUGAAGAGUCUCGGAAAGAUUACGAUUACAUGCUUGAUCAUCCUGAGGAGUAUUAUAGCCACUAUUAUCAUUAUUAUCGCAGAAGACUAACACCUAAAGUGGAUGUCCGAAUAGUCAUUCUGGUGACUGUGUGUGCCAUAUCUGUUUUUCAGUAUUUCAGUUGGUGGAGCAGUUACAAUGAAGCCAUCAACUACCUGGCUACGGUGCCCAAAUAUCGGAUUCAGGCAACUGAGCUGGCAAAGAAGCAGGGCUUGUUGAAUAAAACUAAGGAGAAGGGGAAGAACAAGAGAUCAAAAGAAGAGAUCCGUGAGGAAGAGGAGGAGGUCAUCCGAGAUAUCAUCAAGAACAAGAUUGAUAUUAAAGGGGGUUAUCAGAAGCCCAAUAUAACUGAUAUCUUACUUUGUCAGAUCAUUCUCUCGCCCUAUUUUCUUUGUUCCUAUGUUAUUUGGUAUUGUGGCUGGAUUUACCGAUUUAGCAUUAAGCGAGAGGAAUAUGGUGAGGAGGAGAAACUUUAUCUUAUUCGAAAGAAUAUGCGUAUGUCUUCAUCUCAGUUUGACAGCCUCGAAGACCACAAAAAAGAGUCUUUUCUUGAGCGACAGCUCUGGAUCAAGGAGAACUUUGAGGUGUAUAAACAGGAACAGGAAGAAGAAAUGAAAAUGAAGAUGGCUAUGGACCCACGAUGGAAAAGAUAUAGGAGGUGGAUGAAAAACGAGGGUCCUGGAAGGUUAACUUUCAUUGAUGACUGAAGAUAAACAACAAU